CAACCUGCAUCUCAGACUCAGUGAGGCAGGAGGGUGGGUGGGAGAGAGAACUUCUAGAGGGAACUGUGUCCAGUCUUAUAAAUAGGGGACCAACGUUUGCCACUGAGGAACGCUAAGACAACAUGAAGGCCUCUCUGAUUCUGCCAGGAUCGCUGUUUCUCCUCCUCCUCCUUGUUCAGUUGCCCAUUGCCCAAGGACAGGCUAUCAGUGCCCAAGCCCAGCCGCAACGUUGCGGAGAAGACGCCUUCCCGCUAGAUUGUGACGACAUCUAUGAGCAAGGUUCGGUGGCAGAUGGCGUGUACCUCAUUUACCCAGCGGGACCCAAUGCCCCUGUGCCCGUGUACUGUGAUAUGACCACUGACGAUGGAAAAUGGACGAUUUUCCAGAAACGCUUCAAUGGUACCGUCAGUUUCUUUCGGGGUUGGAACGACUACAAGUUCGGCUUUGGCAGGGCAGAUGGCGAAUACUGGCUAGGACUGCAAAAUAUCCACCUGCUGACCCUUAAGCACAAGUACGAGCUACGUGUGGAGCUGGAGGACUUUGAGAACAACACGGCCUUUGCCAAAUAUACAGAGUUUUCACUCUCACCCAAUGCCAUCAGCGCAGAGGAAGACGGGUACACGCUCCAUGUGUCGGGCUUCACUGAUGGGGGAGCAGGUGAGAGAGAGAGUCCUGGAUUCUUAGUUCCCAGUUCUUCCCCUCUGUAAUGAAUUACUCCAUUCUUCUCCCAGGGAUG